AACCCGGUGAAAUGGGUAAGCCGGUGAAAAUCCCUGCCAACCAGCAGGAGCUAAUGAAGGAAAAGUUCAAGGAAAACCAGUUCAACCUGCUGGCCAGUGAUAUGAUUUGGCUAAAUCGAUCCCUGACGGAUGUGCGGCAUCACGACUGCAAAAAGAAACACUACCCAGCCAAGCUGCCCAGCACCUCGAUUGUGAUCGUGUUCCACAACGAAGCCUGGAGCACGUUGCUGCGCACGAUCUGGAGCGUCAUUAACCGAUCGCCCCGGCCGCUGCUGAAGGAAAUUAUCCUGGUGGACGAUGCCAGCGAGCGGGAACACCUGGGCCAGCAGCUGGAGGAUUACGUGCGGACGUUGCCGGUGAGCACUUACGUGCUGCGAACCGGAAAGCGUUCCGGGUUGAUCCGGGCCCGGUUACUCGGUGCCAAACACGUCAAGGGAAUGUGCAGUCAUCAGUUUCUCACGAAGACGGCAGAGUACCUCUUAGAAGAUCAGUCUAUUACGCAGGUGGACCAUAUCAAUGAUCUGGGCGUAAUACUCGACCGUAAGCUUGAGUUCAAAACACAUACGAACUACGUCGCUGAUAAAGCCUCUAGAAGCCUCGGAUUUUUAUUUCGAGUGGCCAAGGACAAGGACGUGUACUACCUGAAACUGUAUUGUAGCAAAGUUUGA